CCUUCCCUCCUCCCUCUGUCUCCGCCCACCCCACCUGUAUCAUUUCCUGUGCGCCUGGUGCUGAUUGGUCUAGAGGUCGGAAGUGAGGGCGGGCGGUGGAGCCGUUGCCGCAGUGACAGUGCUGGGAGAGUCCGAAGAUGGCGGCGUCGCGUCGCUCUCAGCAUCAUCACCACCAUCAUCAACAACAGCUCCAGCCCGCCCCGGGGGCUUCGGCUCCGCCGCCGCCACCUCCCCCUCCCCUCAGUCCUGGCUUGGCCCCGGGGACCACCCCAGCCUCCCCCACGGCUGGGGGCCUGGCCACUUUCGCCUCCCCGCGCCACGGCCUAGCGCUGCCGGAGGGGGAUGGCAGUCGGGAUCCGCCCGACAGGCCUCGAUCCCCGGACCCGGUUGACAGUACCAGCUGUUGCAGUACCACCAGCACGAUUUGUACUGUAGCCGCCGCCACCGUGGUCCCAGCGGCUUCCGCUUCAUCUGCCGUUGGGGUCGCGCUCAACUCAGCAGGCGGUGGCAGUAACAAUUCUCCGUCGUCCUCUUCUUCCCCGACUUCUUCCUCAUCUUCCUCUCCAUCCUCCCCUGGGUCGAGCUUGGCUGAGAGCCCCGAGGCAGCUGGGGUUAGCACCACGGCAACACUGGGGCCUGGGGCAGCGGUACCUGGGACAGGGGUCCCAGCAGUGAGCGGGGCCCUACGGGAACUGCUGGAGGCCUGUCGCAAUGGGGACGUGUCCCGGGUGAAGAGGCUGGUAGACGCUGCAAACGUAAAUGCAAAGGACAUGGCUGGCCGGAAGUCUUCUCCCUUGCACUUCGCUGCAGGCUUUGGAAGGAAGGAUGUGGUAGAGCACUUACUGCAGAUGGGUGCAAAUGUGCAUGCUCGAGAUGAUGGAGGCCUUAUUCCGCUCCAUAACGCCUGCUCUUUUGGCCAUGCGGAGGUUGUGAGUCUGUUAUUGUGCCAAGGAGCUGAUCCGAAUGCCAGGGAUAACUGGAACUAUACACCCCUUCAUGAAGCUGCAAUUAAAGGGAAGAUUGAUGUCUGUAUUGUGCUGCUGCAGCACGGAGCUGAUCCAAAUAUUCGGAACACUGAUGGGAAAUCAGCACUGGACCUGGCAGAUCCUUCAGCAAAAGCUGUGCUUACAGGUGAAUACAAGAAAGACGAACUCCUAGAAGCUGCUAGGAGUGGUAAUGAGGAAAAACUAAUGGCUUUACUGACUCCUCUAAAUGUGAAUUGCCAUGCAAGUGAUGGGCGAAAGUCUACUCCUUUACAUCUAGCAGCAGGCUAUAACAGAGUUCGGAUAGUUCAACUGCUUCUUCAGCAUGGUGCAGACGUUCAUGCAAAAGACAAAGGUGGACUUGUGCCUCUUCAUAAUGCAUGUUCAUAUGGACAUUAUGAAGUCACGGAAUUGCUACUAAAGCACGGAGCUUGUGUGAAUGCGAUGGAUCUCUGGCAGUUCACUCCACUCCAUGAGGCUGCUUCCAAAAAUCGUGUGGAAGUCUGCUCGCUCCUGCUCAGCCAUGGUGCCGACCCCACGCUCGUCAACUGCCAUGGCAAAAGUGCUGUGGAUAUGGCUCCCACUCCAGAGCUCCGGGAGAGGCUGACAUAUGAAUUUAAAGGUCAUUCUUUACUACAAGCAGCAAGAGAAGCGGACCUAGCCAAAGUUAAAAAAACGCUCGCUUUAGAAAUCAUUAAUUUCAAACAACCACAGUCUCAUGAAACAGCACUGCACUGUGCUGUGGCCUCCUUACAUCCCAAACGAAAACAAGUGACAGAACUUUUACUUAGAAAAGGAGCGAAUGUCAAUGAAAAAAAUAAAGAUUUCAUGACACCUUUACAUGUUGCAGCUGAAAGAGCUCACAAUGAUGUCAUGGAAGUUCUGCAUAAGCAUGGAGCAAAGAUGAAUGCACUGGACACCCUUGGUCAGACGGCUUUGCAUCGAGCUGCCCUCGCAGGUCACUUGCAGACUUGUCGCCUUCUGCUGAGUUAUGGCUCUGAUCCUUCCAUCAUCUCCUUGCAAGGCUUUACAGCAGCACAAAUGGGAAACGAAGCAGUACAGCAGAUUCUGAGUGAGAGCACACCUAUCCGUACUUCUGAUGUUGACUACCGACUUUUAGAAGCAUCGAAAGCUGGUGACUUGGAAACUGUGAAGCAACUUUGCAGCCCCCAAAAUGUGAAUUGCAGAGAUCUGGAGGGCCGGCACUCCACACCCUUGCACUUCGCGGCAGGCUACAAUCGUGUUUCUGUUGUGGAGUACCUUCUGCACCAUGGUGCCGACGUCCAUGCCAAAGACAAAGGCGGCCUGGUGCCCCUUCAUAAUGCCUGUUCCUAUGGACACUAUGAGGUAGCUGAGCUUUUAGUGAGGCACGGAGCUUCUGUUAACGUGGCAGACUUAUGGAAGUUUACCCCUCUACACGAAGCAGCAGCUAAAGGAAAAUAUGAAAUCUGCAAGCUUCUUUUAAAACAUGGAGCAGAUCCAACCAAGAAGAACAGGGAUGGAAACACACCUCUAGAUUUGGUCAAGGAAGGGGACACAGACAUUCAGGACCUACUGAGAGGGGACGCUGCCCUGUUGGAUGCUGCGAAGAAGGGCUGCCUGGCAAGAGUGCAGAAGCUUUGCACCCCAGAGAAUAUCAACUGCAGAGACACCCAGGGCAGAAACUCCACUCCUCUGCACCUGGCAGCAGGCUACAAUAACCUGGAAGUAGCUGAAUACCUUCUAGAGCACGGAGCAGAUGUUAAUGCCCAGGACAAAGGCGGUUUAAUUCCUCUUCAUAAUGCAGCAUCUUAUGGGCACGUUGACAUAGCAGCAUUACUGAUCAAAUACAACACGUGUGUAAACGCAACAGAUAAGUGGGCAUUUACUCCACUUCACGAAGCAGCCCAAAAAGGAAGGACACAGUUAUGUGCCCUGCUCCUAGCACAUGGUGCAGAUCCAACUAUGAAGAACCAAGAAGGUCAGACACCUUUAGACCUGGCCACAGCUGAUGAUAUCAGAGCGCUGCUGAUAGAUGCCAUGCCCCCGGAAGCUUUACCUACCUGUUUUAAACCUCAGGCGACUGUAGUGAGUGCGUCUCUGAUCUCACCAGCAUCCACCCCCUCCUGCCUGUCUGCGGCCAGCAGCAUAGAUAACCUCACUGGCCCAUUAGCAGAGUUGGCAGUAGGCGGAGCCUCCAAUGCCGGAGAUGGUGCAGCCGGUACGGAAAGGAAGGAAGGAGAAGUUGCUGGUCUUGACAUGAAUAUCAGCCAGUUCCUAAAAAGCCUUGGCCUUGAACAUCUGCGGGAUAUCUUUGAAACAGAGCAGAUUACACUAGAUGUGUUGGCUGAUAUGGGUCAUGAAGAAUUGAAAGAAAUAGGCAUCAAUGCGUAUGGACACCGCCACAAAUUAAUAAAAGGAGUAGAAAGACUUUUAGGUGGACAGCAAGGAACCAAUCCUUAUUUGACUUUUCACUGUGUAAACCAGGGAACGAUUUUGCUAGAUCUUGCUCCAGAAGAUAAAGAGUAUCAGUCAGUAGAAGAAGAGAUGCAGAGUACUAUUCGGGAACACAGAGAUGGUGGUAAUGCUGGUGGGAUAUUCAACAGAUACAAUGUCAUACGAAUUCAGAAAGUUGUCAACAAGAAGCUGAGAGAGCGAUUCUGUCACAGACAGAAGGAGGUGUCUGAGGAGAAUCACAACCACCACAACGAGCGCAUGCUAUUUCACGGUUCUCCUUUCAUCAAUGCCAUUAUUCAUAAAGGGUUUGAUGAACGACAUGCAUACAUAGGAGGAAUGUUUGGAGCUGGGAUUUACUUUGCUGAAAAUUCCUCAAAAAGCAACCAGUAUGUUUAUGGGAUCGGAGGAGGAACAGGCUGCCCCACGCACAAAGACAGGUCUUGUUAUAUAUGUCACAGACAAAUGCUUUUCUGUAGAGUGACCCUUGGGAAAUCCUUUCUGCAGUUCAGCACCAUGAAAAUGGCCCAUGCCCCACCAGGACAUCACUCAGUUAUUGGUAGACCAAGUGUCAAUGGGCUGGCGUAUGCUGAGUAUGUCAUCUACAGAGGAGAACAGGCGUACCCGGAGUAUCUCAUCACAUACCAGAUCAUGAAGCCAGAAGCUCCCUCACAGGCCUCAACAGCUGCAGAGCAGAAGACCUAGUGAAUGCUCCCUGGUAAAGGCCACAUCAGAUCCAACUCUGGGACUGGAUUGCGUGGAUUGUUUCAACAAAAAAAAUCAAUAUUCUUAAUCCCUGACAGCCUAGAAAUAAGCUGUUUGUCUUUUAUAAAGCAUUGCUAUAGUGAUGAAUAUAGUAUGAGUAACUGAUACAUACUCAACUACUACUGUUCCCUUUGAGGAAAUGUUUACAGGGGUGGCCUUUUAACAUAUCUCAGGCUCAUUUUCAUCACAGGUAUCCAUUUCUAAAGCAAGAUUGUUUUGAUCUAGACUUGGAAAUGGAAGAAGAGGAAACACAAACAAUACUGUUUCAAAUGCUCACAGUUCACACACUACAUUUGCUUUAUUAAAUGUGGCUCAUGUAUAUAGCAAAUACAUACAAAUGCAGGCUUAUUUUUAGUUUUUUUGCAGAUAUGCCUCAUUGGCAUGUUUUUGUUUUUUGUUUUUGUGUUAGUUUUUAACUUUUACUUUGAAAAUGAGCCAGAACCUUCCUUCCUGAGGAUCAUUUGCACAAAGUCACACUGACUAAAAUCAUAACAAUGCAACCCCAGCUUCUGGCUGCGCAAGAUUCUCCUUCUUCUGUUUUGUUACUCUUUGUGUAUCUGUGCUUCUUGUUAACAUGAAUUGAGAUGAAAAGGAGAAACAUCAAGUUUUAGUUUUCUUUUAUGAAUUGGCCCGUCUUACAGGGAAGGCACAAAUAUAACCUGACUUAGCAGCUCCAAGGAGAGAGGAGUCGGAGCUGGGAACAGCCCCUUGCUCCUGCCAGGACAGCCCGCGCAGGGCACUCGGGUCAAAGCUGGAAAUCACAGGAAAGAGUGGAGCAGGCGGCUAAGGCCUUCCUCACCCGGGGAAGCUGCUGGGAGCUGUUGCAGGAGCAGCAUCAAGAAGGAUGAGGAGCGUGUGGUUCUGUGCCACUGCAGCCCCAGAGUCAGGCACGCCCCAGAGAACACACACUUCCCUUCACUGAAUCCCUGCCACCAGAACUGUCACCCCCAAAUUAGCUGCCUUAUUUCCAAAGUCAAUGGAAUUAUUGUACAUCAUUAGAGUCCCCAAAAUAUUAUUUUAUUGUCUCUUUAGAAAUCUAGGAUUUCAAUCCUAUGUAGUAGAUGGAUAUACACAAAUGCAAGAACUUUUUAUUCUAGAUCUGGGGUUAUUUUCAAUGGCAAGCUUCAAAUAGUUUAUAAAAAUCCCUGUGCUAAAGGGCUAGGGAUUUGGCUCAGCAGUAGAAUGCUUGCCUAGCAUGCUGGAAGCUCUGGGUUCAGUCCUCAGCACCAAAAGCAAGAAAAGAAACAACAAAAAAAAAAAAUCUCUGUUCUAAAUUUUUAAACCACUUCUUCAAACUUCUGGAUAUAUUUAGACAAAGAGAACAAAAAUUGAAACCAAAGUCCUUUCAGUUAUUUUUCUAAAUGAAGAUGAUAGAGAAAUAUCAUACUGGUUUGUUUAUUUGAUUUUGUUUUCUUUUGUGUGUAUGAAAGUACUGCUUGUUUUAAUCAACAUUUGCCAAGAGCACACUGACACUUACAAAGAAAUUGUCUGACACAGUUCUUACACUUGCCCUGUUCACCUUAACUGAAUUUUGAAUUAAAUGUAUUAAUUUAUUUACACGACAUGCCAUACAUCUCCUCAACCUUGGAGCAAAAGCAAUAUAAACUUGGUGGGAAAACUGUGUGAUACCAAUUUACCAUUUCAGUUUAGAGUCCUGGAAACUAAUUGGGGUUUUUAAUGCAGGCCAUUUCAGCUGGGACCUCUUCUAACCUCCAGAAAUGAAACAAGUGAUUACUUGCAGAAAUCUAGAAAUAGGUUGUCAAAAUGCACAUCUACCUUUACCUUUUUCUUUUCUUUUUCUUUUUUGGCUUAAGUUCACCGUUGGAACUAGGCAUUAUGCUAGUUUGUUUGAAUUUUGUAGCUGAAUCUUGGAUGGGCCCUCAAAACUAAAUCAAGAAUUGGCCCAGUUGUUGCUUCUAUUGAAGUUUCAGUGACCCAAACUUGGUGUUUAUGUCUUGGCUGUGUGUUUAAUGACAUUAGAAUUCCAUAUAAAGCUUCAAAAUUUGACAUUCAUUAAGAGGGCUUUUUUCUUCUUCUUUCUCUUCUUUUUUUCCUGUGUGUAACACAGCGUUAAAGAAAUUGCAGUCUUUGUAGCUUUCAGUAGCUGUCAAGUGUGUAUUACUUUGCCCCUGCUCCCAACAUAGUUUAAAAUGAUAAACACAGCUGUAAUUUUUAGUUAAGUGAGAGUUAAUAUGGAACAGAUAUGGAAAGCUUUAUAGCGUCAUUAAAAAGGUAAACCACUA